AUGGCCCACCAAGCUCACGCAUACCACAUAGUAGACCCUAGCCCUUGACCUCUCACGGGAGCCAUCGCUGCCCUCCUAAUAACAUCAGGCCUCGCAGUCUGAUUCCACUUCCACUCCACGACACUAAUAAUUCUUGGAACAAUUCUGCUUCUCUUAACUAUAUUCCAGUGAUGGCGGGAUGUUGUUCGAGAGGGCACCUUCCAGGGCCACCACACACCCCCAGUCCAAAAAGGGCUUCGGUAUGGAAUAAUCUUAUUCAUUACCUCAGAAGUUUUCUUUUUCCUGGGCUUCUUCUGAGCCUUCUACCACUCGAGCCUUGCCCCUACACCAGAACUAGGGGGCUGCUGACCCCCAACAGGAAUUACUACUCUUGAUCCAUUUGAAGUCCCCUUAUUAAACACAGCCGUACUCCUUGCUUCUGGUGUAACAGUCACUUGAGCCCACCACAGCAUCAUGGAAGGGGAGCGAAAACAAGCAAUUCAAUCCUUAGCCCUCACUAUUGCCUUAGGCUUCUACUUCACCUUUCUUCAAGCAAUAGAGUACUAUGAAGCUCCCUUCACAAUUGCAGACGGAGUUUACGGCUCCACAUUUUUUGUGGCCACGGGCUUCCACGGGCUUCACGUUAUCAUUGGUUCAAUGUUCCUCGCCGUUUGCCUACUGCGGCAAAUUCACUUCCACUUCACCUCUGAGCACCACUUCGGGUUUGAAGCAGCCGCCUGGUACUGGCACUUUGUAGACGUAGUAUGACUGUUCCUCUACAUCUCCAUCUACUGAUGAGGCUCAUA